CCUGCUGCACAAGCCGGUGGUGCCGGGCCUGACGCCGGCCUCCAAGCCGAGCAGGCCGCUCAGGUCGGCGCGCUGGGACGAGAAGACGUUCCUGCAGCGGCUGCGACAGUUCAUGAGCCAGCGCGGCACGCCGCUCAGUCUGCCCACGGUGCUCGACUGCAAGCAAGAGCGGCUGUACCGGCUGUACCGGCGGGUGCAGGAGCUGGGCGGGUACCACGCGGUAUGCGCACGCCGGCUCUGGCGCCAGCUGUUUGACGAGUUGAGCGGCGACCAGAGCAAGCCGACCGCCGGCGCGUCCACGCGCAGGUGUUACGAGAGGCUGUGCCUGCCGUUCGAACGGCACGAGCGGGGUUUCUCGGAGCCGGCGGCGCCCGCGCGGCCGGCUAUCACCAUCACGCCGGUGCCGCGCGCCGCCGCCACCUCCCCGCUCGCCCAGUACACGGCUCUGCAGAGGCUGAGCAGCAUGGCGCGCCAGACGGAGAGCAAGCGCCAGCGACUGGAGCCGCCGCCGCAGCUGUUGGCGCUGCACAUGGCGUCGGCCGCCAUGCCGCCGCACGUGCUGCAAUACAUGGGUCUGCUGCCUGGCGGCAAGGAGCAGCUGCAGCGGCUGCAGCAGCAGGUGGCGCUGCAGAGCCUGCUGGCGCAGCGGAUGGUGAUGCUGCCGGGUGGGCCGCCGGGUCUGUCGCCGGAACAGGCGCAGGCCAGUCUCGAGGCUUACCAGCGGCUGAUGCAGGGCGGCGUGGAUAUUGAUGUCACCGGAUAUGAUGACGGGUCCACUGUGACGGGCGAGGAUGUUCUGGAGUUGCUGCUCCAGCUCACCGAGGUCCGCAGUGACUCGGACCUGCGUCUGUGUCGGGAGCCGAUACAAGGCCGGCCGCUGCUGUGGCCGCCGCUGCCCACCGCCUGGGUGCCCUGGGCCGCCGUCGUGGAGGAGGGCCGCCGUCACACCGAGGUUCGCCGCAAGCGCGACCGGAAGUUCGCCUGCCCCAAGUGCCCGAUGGCGUUCUCGAACCGCGGCCAGCUGGUCGGCCACUUCCGCAAGCACACAGGGGAGCGGCCAUUCGAGUGUGAGACGUGCCACAAGCGCUUCACCCGCAACGAGGAGCUGACCCGCCACACACGUAUCCACACCGGCGACCGGCCGUUCGGCUGCGAGAUCUGCGGCAAACGGUUCGGCCGCAAGGACCACCUCAACAAACACCAGCGCACCCACACCACGCCCUUGUACGCCACCGUGGCGCCGGGGCUAGCCGGGCUGACUCCGCUGGAGCUGACUGCCUAUUUGAGGGGUGGCAUGUUUGCCGCACCGUUCUUCUAGCUGGUGGUGGCGCCCGUGCCUCGAGAGCUGUGAUAAAUGCUCGCCCGUUGGAGGGGCUCGUGCUGUGCGGUACCGUGUGAUGGUGUCUUGCUUUUGAGGGGUGGUCGCGUGCGACGCUGGGCUCGGUUCGUCUUGUGAAGUGGGUAUUGGUGACGCACUGAUAUGAACAUUACUGUUGAUAUUGCUCAGAUACUGAUAUGGCUCAGGCUGUAUUGCCGAAACUGUUUUUUACAUUGUGUUGCAUG